UGUGUCGUCAUUAUCUGCUCAGCACGCCAUUACUCCACUGUAUCUUUGCAAAGUAAAUAGUUGUUUGCUGCUGUAUUAAUGUUCAGAAUCUCAUACACUUUGAUAUAAAGAUAGUUCUGUUUUGUAAAAUGAUUUUAUCUUUAACCUGAGUGACAUUUUCUCACGUGUCUCAUAUUUAAACUUGAAUGCACUUAAAGGGGAAUAGAGAAGAAAGGCUUCAAAGGCUUGUACCCAUGGAAACAAGAAAUCCCAGACCCAGCCCUCAAGGUCUGGCCUCCCAAGAUGAUUGUGGUGUGUGGAUGAAGAUGGACUCCAACCCUGUGACAGACCACACAGAGAGCCCAUCUGUAACCCAUGGUGAGAGGCCCCAAGAUGAAACCAAUGCCACUCCCCCUGCCGCUGCAGUGAUCCCUAGGUACUACAGCGUGAUGGAUGAUGAGGGCACAGAUGAUGUCUUCAUCCCACCACCUCCGCCAACCUACGUGGCUCCUUUGCUGCCAGCAGAGAGCAGCGCAGAUGCAACAGUGAAUAAUUCCAGUGUGACCCUUACAAAUUUGGCAGCUGACGACACUGAGGCUAAAGCUAAUCCCAGUGGCUUAGACGGGCAUCAUGGUGAGAAGCAGUUAAUGGCAGCACACAACAAGGUGGAUGAAGUGAUAACAAGCACGACGCAUACUUCCAACGAGUCUACGGACAACAUAUCUCUGUCCAAAGACAAGAACUCCGCUCUACCAAAAGAUCAAGACCAAACAUCCAUGGAGGGGACAGGUAGUCUGAUGGAAACAUGUUUUGAUCCAUCCGGAAGACACCAUCAGGAUAACAGAACAGGAGACAAAGAAUCAAACGAGGAAUCUGAGAAUAUUGUCAUUUUGAGUGGAGGUAAGGAAAACUGGAAGGCAUCUGAAGUGGAGAGAGACAAAUAUCUCUCUGAAAAUGAGACACAUUUUGACAAAGAAGGAAACAAAACAAAAUCGGAGGACUUUUGUGGUCUUGCUGAGACAGACUCAAUGCAAAUGAUGGGAAAUGUGGAGACAAAUGCCCCAACACUGUCUAGUGUCAGUGUGAAUGAUGAUGAUUUUGAGUCAUGUGGGCCACCAGAGCUCUACAAAUGCAACCAAAACAAGAUAACCAAUCAGCCACAGCUACCAGAGAUCCCAACAGAGGUGUCCAAUGACGACGGAGAGCAUGUUGACACCAGAUCUUUGAACUAUAACCUCACAAAGUAUGACUGGGUGAGGAGAGAGAGUGGCACUAGCGAAACACAAGUGCCCCAACUCCCCAUCUCUGAAGAGAUGGUGACAAAGGGAGAGCAGGGAGAUGGAAGCAGGAGAAUAGCAACUGAUAUCCAACAAGGAGAGCAACUGCUUGAACGUUUGCAACAGGUGCAGCUACGGCAGGAUGUACAAAUACCAGAGGGCCCUCAUACCUCCCAGCAGGUUGUCAAAGACACGAGAGGUGAGAUAAAGGGUGUGCUUGGGACUGAUGUAGAUGAUUUGAAAGCAAGAGAAGGGGAUCUGACAGGUGGAGAUGAGAAGCAGGAGAGUGGAUCUCACACUGCUGAGGAUAAGGGAGCAGAAACAAACCUGGUGGAGAAGAAUGAAAAGCAUGAGAGUAAAGACGCUGACACAAAAGGUAGUAUGUCUUUGUCCACAAUGUUUGCAGAGAGAGAGCAUCACAUGAUUGCCCGAACAGAGGCAGGAGACUCUGAUGAUGAUCAACGUGACAGCUGGAUACCUGCACAUUUGUCUCCAAUUUACUCUCAUGACACAUCUUCCACCCAAAUUCCUUUUCCAUCCACCCGCCACAGAUUGUCAGCCACUGAGACCUCCAUUGAGAGACAGAUCCAGGAGGCAGCCCAGAAAAAGCAGAACCUUCAGAGAGCCGGUGGUGUCUUCAAUCUCGCAGAUAAUCCAGAUGUGCUAGAGAUCCCCUUUAAGACCAACAUCUUGCUUGAGACACUUACCACCACGGUUGGCCCAGACCAAGGAAGUGACUGGCAGUUCUCGGAGCAGAAGAUGCAGAAGGAGAUAAGUAAGGAGACUCAGAGAGAACUGGUGCUGGUCAACCAGGGGAAGCUCCCAGGGGGAUACAGCAAAGGUGAGGUCCGCCAAUUAAAGGAGACAAAACUGCUGUUUGAGGCUUUCCAGCAGGAUAACAUGGAGGGUCCAACAAGGCACCGGAAACCACAAACCUCAUUGCUAAAAAGUCAUGUUUACCCUUCUGUGCUAGAGCGCACACGAAGCCUAGAGAUGUUUUCACUCAAAAGUCGCCGCGUUUUCAGAGCGCAGUCCCUCAGGCUGUACAAAUCUGCAACAUCUGAGAUGGAGAAAAGUCCCGAACACUUAAGAUCAAAGAGCCCAACUGAUGGUUCUCGAGACAAAACACGCUUAUACCCCUACCCAACACAAGACAAGAACAUGCGGCCGUACAAGAGCAUGGACUCCUUAAGCACUGAUGUCCCGACGUCAGCGUUGGUAACUAGGAACAAAACCAGGGAAGGGAACAUGAUACAAGAAUCUUUCAUCCUCGAACAAAACCCCUUCUACAAGUUGCGUCCUGCCCUGGCUCUGCAGCCAGGAGUAGAGAAGGACAUCCGGGAGGCCAAAGAAAGAGAGGAGGAGCUGCGCAAACAGAGAAGCACUCUGUACGGAGAGAAUAGGCCAAAUAGUGAAGACGGAGAAGAAUCUCGGUUCACACCAACGCUUGUACCAGAUGUCAGGAAACAGUCCACGGGGAAACUGGAACGGGUUUGGCCACCUCCCUCCAAGAAAGACCAGAUGAAAUCUGAGCAGACACAGCAGGAGCCAAAGGUUCUCAAAGCAGGAGGUCAGAAGGCUCCUCUGUGGCAACGCUGGGAGUCCGGCCUGAUCAACGGGCAGCCGCCCGAGGAAAAGAACUGAUGAUCAUGAUGUCUUCAACUAUGCUAUCUAUGACCUGCGAUGCUAGAGCUGCACAAGUCCAAGAUUAAUCAAUAUAACCAAAAUCCUGAAAGUAGUUCCAGCUUGAAUGCUUUUUGGCUCUCCUAACUCUGCUUUGGAUCUAUGUCGAAUUUACUUUUUUGAUAUCUUUAAAUAUUAGUUUCAUUCAUAUA